CAUAGCCUAUAAAAAGGAGGACCCGUGUCCGCGGGCAUCUUCACCUGCAGUCUGCACCCUGGAGCCGGACACGCCGCAUCUCUCCUCCCGAUACCCUCACGGCUGGUUUAUUUGCUUCCACGUUUCAAACAUCGUGUAGUGGCGCUUCGGACGGAGUUCGUGGGACAAAACAUCCGGGCUUUUUCUUCAUACUGUAACGUCUCUCGGAGAAAAGGAACUCUGCAAGAAAAACAGCGGUGAUGAGUCGCCAGCUGUUACUGAUGCUGACGACGUGCGCGGCGCUGCUGGCGCUGGCGGCGUGUUCCCGUGGCGGCGAGGCUCGCGUCAGACUCAACUCCAUCCGGACGGUGAUCCUGAGGGGGGGCCAGGCGCUGCCGAGCAACAGGAGCGCCUGGGAGCCCAGCCUGGACCUCACGCUCUACCAGUGCAUGAGCGACCUGGAGUGCAGCGAGGGGAGCUACUGCCACGCGCCGACCAAAGGCCCCGCCCACUCCCGAUGCCAGACCUGCCGCCGGAGGAAGAGGCGUUGCCAUAGGGAUGGCAUGUGUUGCCCGGGCAACCGCUGCAGCAAGAAUAUCUGUGUGCCCGACAGCUUUGAGUCUCAGGGGAUCCCAGACUCGGACGGAGGGAUGACUCCGCUGUCCAAACUAAAGAAAGGAUGGAGGAAGAGAGGGAGGAAGAACAUCAAAAGCUCCUCCAGUAAAGGUCAGGUCGGGGAUCCGUGUCUCCGGUCCUCGGACUGCUCCGACGCCCUGUGCUGCGCUCGCCACUUCUGGACUCGCAUCUGCAAGCCGGUGUUGCGGGAGGGCCAGGUUUGCACGCGAGAGCGCCGAAAGGGGAACCACGGUUUGGAGCUGUUCCAGCGCUGCCCGUGCGGCGACGGACUCGGCUGCCAAACCCUGCGAGAGCCCGGCGCCCAGCCUGCGUCUCCGUCUUCUUCGUCUUCUUCGUCUUCGUCAUCUCUGCUGGCGGCGCCCAGGUUCGCGGCGUCCUCUUCCUCGUCUCGCCACUCCUCGCCGCACACGUCGCUGCUGUCUUCGUCCGCAAAGUCUUCGUCUUCGACGUCGCAGGCCGUGGCGAAGACGAGACUUCACGUGUGCCAGAAAAACUAAAGAAAGGAUGGAAGGAUGGAUUGGACAGAAAGAAGGAAAGACAGAGAGGAGAAGAGAGAGGGGGGAAAAAGGUGGUUUGAAAGCUGAAAAGGGAAGGGAAGAUGUGCCUUCCCUUUGCCCGGGAGCGAAAGGCAGGGACGGAGAAAGAAGAGAGCGAGACAGAGACAAAUGGAGGGAGGGGUGAAUAAUCUGCGAAUACCUGUUUACACCUGUGGAAACCUCUCAUCCUCCCAAACUGUCCCGUUAUCUCGAUGCUAAUCGGCUUCCUGUCGGGGUGCAUUCACACGCAAAUUUAAAAAAAAGACGCAGGAUGUGAAACUCUUUGUGCUUCAGAUCUGGUUUCCUCUCUUUUUCCGGGCGUCUAGACGAGCAGAAACCCGCUUUGAAAUCCGGUUUGACUCCAUUUACAGCGACAAGGAAAAGCAUUAAUAUUAAAAUAAACCAAGCUAACACAUGUCUGUUGUAGAGUUGCAUUUGUAGGACCUGAAGAGCCACAGAUGGCAGGUUGAUUUUAACAACCACGAUACAGAAAAUCUAAAGAUCUUAUUCUCAAACAAGGAAACUUCUGUGCAAAAGGCCAUAGUUUCACUAAUUUCAAAAAAUGCUUUCAUGUGUGAAGAGACUUUAUACAAUAAACAAAACCAUCUGCAAACUUUCCCUCAAGUUACUAGCUAGCGCUAGCGGUAGCUAGCUAGCUUAGUUACAUUUUUCAAAACGAGUCUAGUUGUAGUCUUGCAAUGUGUGACCCUGCGAGAUCCCCUUUACAUAUUAUGACCGUCUUUAACGUUAGAUGUGUGAGAGGACUGUCUUUAGACGUGAGACAGUGUCAGACUUUAGUCUGUUCAAAGUCUUCUAGUGUUUGGUAGGUAGGCAUUCCUUCGGCUUAAAAUUGGAAGUAAACUUGAUUUUACACACUAUAAACUGAACUUACCCUUUAAUUCAGCUCAGUUACUAAGACAUUUCACUACAUUUGUCCACUCUGAAGGGCUGCAAAAUGUCAACCAGCAUCAAAAAUUACAAUCAUAUUUUCAAUUCAUAUCGAUUAUCUCUUACGUCUUGCGUACAUUGGAAGAAUACUUGAUUUUUUACGAUUGAAAAACUGAGCUUAACUUUUACUUUCCAAUCAGGAGAAUUAAGUGUGUGUAAAAAAACCCUGCUCUGACGGUUUAUUUUCAUCAUUUAAACAUGUCUUCUUUGGCUAUUAGUCUCCAUAGAGACGCUAAGGUUAACCAAAAUUAGUUUCCUGAAGGACUCAAAGAAUUUAAAUGAAAGAAAAGACGUUGUAGAUGUGAAAUGUUCCACUGAAACUCCCCAAAACAACAACUGUACCACAAAUACAAUACAUCUUCUGUUUUUCAAAACUGGUCGUGGGCCAAAGUUAUGAAGAUAUUUCACAACAUCUGUCAACAUCUGUCUAAUCCAAAGUCCUGCAAAACAGCCAAACGCCAUGAUUAAAAGCAGAACAAAUUCCAUCCUGUUUUCAAUUUACUUAGAUUUUUCUCUUUAUGUCUUACGAGAGCUUAAAGGACAAUAAAAAAGGUAGUUUAUAAAGACAGUACCGUUCACGUAUAUACAGGCGGGCGCCAUCUCGGGACAACUGUCACGACCAGUUGAACGAUGAACAGCAACCAGUAACAUUGCUCAAACACAGCGUUCGAAAACAUGACAUGUUUUCCCAAGAUGGUGCCCUGCCUGUAUACGUGAGCCAGUGGUGUAGUCUACGUGAUACGCAGGUAUACACAGUAUACUCAAUAAGAAAGCUCCAGGAUUUCCAUAU